UCAAACGUGCGCGUCAAGUUGCUCGGCCUGGCUCAAGCCCAAGUUAGCCAGCUCUCGCUUCAUCGCCAACACGUUCGGCCCAGCGUCCCAUUGCCUAGCGCGGUCGCUCCACGGCACUGGAGCAGGGCGGCGCCCCAGCAGCAGCGGCGGCGCGCGCCGCGCUCGCCGGCCCGGGCCUUCUCCCCGCGUCGCCCGCCUCUGGUCGGCAGCGCCUCGCCCGCAGCCUCCUCUGCUCGGUUCCUCCCAGCCGGCGCCGAAUUCCCUGUUCUAGGUGGCAGAAUCUCUUCGCUACAGCUUUAGGGAUGUCGUCCUCUUCCACAGUAGAGGGCAAGGAUGGCGAGUUCACUGAGGUCGUGGUGGUGCGGCAUGGCGAGACUUCCUGGAACGCCUCGCGCAUCAUACAGGGGCACUUGGAUGCAGAGCUGAAUGAGAUUGGGAGGCAGCAAGCUGUUGCGGUUGCUCAUCGGCUGUCUAAAGAAGCCAAACCAGCUGCCAUAUACUCGUCAGAUUUGAAGCGGGCCGCAGAGACUGCAAGAACAAUAGCAAAAUUCUGCAAUUUACCAAAUGUUGUGUUUGAUCCUGCACUUAGAGAAAGACACAUAGGAGAUGUGCAGGGCCUGACGCUUCAAGAUGCUGUCAAAGAAAAGCCAGAAGCUUACAAAGCUUUUAUGUCUCACAAGAGAAACCAGCAAAUUCCUGGUGGUGGGGAGAGUCUUGAUCAACUAUCCGAGCGAUGUGUCUCCUGCCUGUAUAAAAUAGUCGAGAAACAUAGAGGGGAGCGUGUUAUCCUGGUCUCUCAUGGCGGAACCAUCAGAGAGCUCUACAGGCACGCCAGUCCCGUGCCGCUCCGCGGUAAAAUACACAACACGUCGGUUACUGUCGUGCUCGUUUCUGGUGACACUGGCCGCUGCAUUGUCAAGAUGUGUGGGGAUGUUAGCCACCUUGAGGCCACCGGUGUUCUGGAGAAUGCCUUUGGCGGCGACAAGUCUUCAGCCUAAGAGCACCCUCCCUGCAGCAGUUCUUACGUGUAGAGGAUACAGAUACAGUACAAAUUUUCUCGUCAUGUUUUUGCUGUGACACACAUACGAAUGCGAUAUAUGGAGCGGAUGCUACUUGAAUACGGAUACGAAUCAGAUGUUACUCAGUUCGGAGCAUAUAUGGAUCUUAAAAUUUAGUGUA